CACAAGCUCUGUGUGUUUAAAACUACUACAUAAAGGAAUGUAUUCAGCUGCAGUGUCUCACAGUAUGAGAUAAAUGUUGAUUAUAAAAACUUACAUUAAUAUUAGUGAAUAUUAGAAAGGAUGUUAAAACGUGGAGCAGGUUCUAAAGCCAGCUAUAGUCCUUAUUCAACAGGACAGAGAGUCAAAAAAUCUGAACACAAAGCAAAACUGGAUCUAUUACCAAACAAAGCAAACGUCUGGCUCAAACAGCUGUCCAUUCUCCAAGAGCAGCCUCGGAAAGAUGGCACUGAUCCUAGUCCUCCCAUUUCCUCCACUCUCUCCUCCACCUCUUCAAGCCUUUGCUCACCUGUUGUGGAAUCCCAGAGCAGCCCGAGCACUCCUUCUUCCCACCAGGGCAAGGUGAUAGGCUGCCCAUCGCCGGCCGGCACACUGAAGAGGCCCACAACUCUGAGCCGAAAUCCCAGCGGUGUGGGAUCCCCACUGCAGUCAUGGGUGUUUAGUAAGGGCCAGGGUCGAGCUGCCAUUGCACAGAGUCCACAGGCUGAGGCUGUGGACAUGCCAGUAGCCAUUGAGGUGGAGGACAUCCCUGCUCUACUGCGAGUCGUGGCACACUUUGCAGAGGCUGUGGAGAAACUUAAAGAUGUGGUGAUGGAAGACAAACAAGAAAACCGGCGCCCGCUGGCUCAUGAGUGUCUGGGCGAGGUGCUACGAAUCCUGCGUCAGGUCAUCAACAUGUACCCGCUCCUCAACACUGUGGAGACUCUUACCGCUGCUGGCAAGCUUAUCUCUCAGGUCAAAGGGUUCCAUUAUGAAGUCUGCAAUGAGAAUGACAAAAAGGACUUUGAGAAAGCUAUUGAGACCAUUGCAGUAGCUUUUAGCAACAAUGUCUCUGAGCUAUUGAUGGGAGAGGUUGACAGCAGCACUCUUUUAUCUGUAAUGCCCACAGAGAAGAGCAGGUCUAUGGAGAACCUGUACAGGAUCUGUGGUCAGGAGAGUUUACACACACGGAGUGACUCAUCUGAAUUGGUUAUGAGUGCUGAGGAGGUGGACAUCCUUUUGCAGAGGAGUGAGGGCGGAGUCGACUCUGCUCUUACAUAUGCCAAGACCAUUUCCAAGUACAUAAAGGACCUCAUUGGCUACGUGGAGAAACGCAACACACUUGAGGUGGAGUUUUCCAAAGGCCUUCAGAGACUUUACCAGGGCUGCAAACAAACCAUUACUCAGCCACACAUGCCUUUCUUCUCCAUCUACUCUUUGGCUCUGGAGCAGGAUCUGGACCAAAGUGCAGGAAUACAGCAGGCUGCAGCCACUCUGCACAACCAAACCUUCAUACAGCCUCUGAUGCACCGUAAACAGGAGCAUGAGAAGAAACGAAAAGAGCUUAAAGAACAGUGGCUCAAAGCCAGGAGGAAGUUGAUGGAGUCUGAGGUCAAUUUGCGAAGGGCUAAGCAGAUCUAUCACACCCGCUACGAGGAAUAUGAAAAAGCUAAAUCUGCAGCUAACAGAGCUGAGGAGGAAGGUGGCAGCUCCACAGGCAAAAAGAAACGAGUGGAGGAAGAAGCUCGGAACAAGGCUGAGGAAGCCGAGGCUACAUACCGUGUGUGUGUUGCAGAUGCCACACAGCAACAGCAGGAGCUGGAGCACACAAAAGUUACUGUGCUAAGACAAAUUCAGGAGGUUAUCAAGCAGAGCGAUCAGACUCUACGUUCUGCUACUAUUUCAUACUACCAGAUUAUGCACAUGCAGACGGUGGGGUUACCAGUGCAUUACCAGACUUUGUGUGAGAGCAGUAAGCUGUACGAUCCGGGCCAGCAGUACGCCACCCAUGUCAAUGAGCUUCAGAUGAGCGAGGAGCCUGAAGUCAAUUAUAACUUUGAGCCCUACUCUGCCUCCAGCCAGUGCGCCUCACACACAGGGCAGGCAGUCAGAGUGCGCAGUGACAGCUCCAACUCUCCAGACACUCAGAGUAGCACUGAGAACCCAGUCACUGCAGAACAUCAGAAAGAGGAGCACAGCAAAGGACGUGGUCACAUGACCCAUAAAUCAUGGGGCUCUACAGUAAGUGACUCAGACAGUGUGGUUGGAGGAAAUGGUCUUGGCUCUCCCACCACCAGCACAGGUGACAUCAGUAAAAUUGUACGUACAUCAUCCACAGGGACUAUGUCCUCAAAUGAGGAUGCAGACGAAAAAGAUGGAAACAUGGCUUCUUUUGAAACUUCUAACAUCAAUGGCAUCGAGCCUGAUAUUGUGGUGCCAACUGGGCCAUUUAGAAACGUGGGGCUGUCCAAAGCUGCACAGACACACAGACUGCGGAAACUGCGCUCUCCAGCAAAGUGCCGUCAGUGUGACAGCUACGUGUACUUUCAGGGAGCAGAGUGUGAGGAGUGUUUCCUGUCAUGCCAUAAGCGCUGUUUGGAGACUCUGGCUAUUCAGUGUGGCCAUAAGAAACUGCAGGGCCGCCUCCAGCUUUUUGGCGAGGAAUUCUCCCUGAUAUCCUCCAACAGCACUGAUGGAAUUCCCUUCAUCCUCAAGAAAUGCAUCUGUGAAAUUGAACGGAGGGCACUCAGGAUGAAGGGCAUUUAUCGGGUCAAUGGGGUAAAAACGAGGGUAGAGAAACUGUGCCAGGCCUUCGAGAAUGGCAAGGAGCUGGUGGAGCUCUCACAAUCCUCUCCUCAUGACAUCAGUAAUGUGCUUAAACUCUACCUGAGACAGCUACCAGAGCCCAUCAUGCUUUUCCGCCUGUAUAACAGUCUGAUGGGCUUGGCGAAGGAGAGCUUGGCCAUAGUGGGUCCUGAGGGGGCUGAGGCUGGAAAGGGGCCUGAUCUGGUAGAUCUGGGCCCUGAGACAGAUCCUGAGCUGAUGAAGCCGGUACACAGGCUGAAGGAGCUUCUUACAGAAUUGCCCAAAUCUAACAUGACCACUCUGCGCUACAUAGCACGCCACCUCCGCAGGAUUGCUGAGCUGGAAGAAGAAAAUAAAAUGAGUCCCAGUAAUCUGGGCAUUGUGUUUGGGCCUUCACUGAUGCGACCCAGGCCCUCAGGGGCCACAGUGUCCCUUUCAUCUCUUGUGGAUUACCCCUACCAGGCCCGCAUUGUAGAGACCCUCAUUGUGUUUUACCCUACUAUCUUCCCAUCUGAUUCAAACCGCUCCGGUGGUACCAGUGCAGUCCUCUCCCCAUCACGACAGCAGGAGAUCAGCAUUGAUGGGGAGAACCUGAGUACAAAUGAUGACGAUGAUGCCAUCCAUGCUGAAGAACAUGAAGAGAGUGAGGAAGACAAAAUACAAGAAAACAUGAUGGUCAGACAGGGGUCGCUAGAGCACAGUCUGGAUUCUGACUCUGAGCUGGAGGAGGAAAGAGGAGGGUUUGAACCACAGCCACACAGCCCAAUCAACAACGAGGACCCAGAUUUUGUUCUUGCUACUACAGAGCUGCAGAGUAACUCUGGAUUAGAUAGUGAACCCCCUGCUCUGCCUGAUAGUGAACCGCCCGAACUCGAGAGUCCAGAUGAGCCACCAACCAGCUCACUCGCCCAGCUCAACAUCAACCAGUCCAACAACAACUCAGUGGCUCUAGCGGUGUUUAGCAUCAAUGCAGAGAAGUAGAAAUUGUACAAGUACAGGGACUAAGGAAAUACAUAUAUACUCCAGUGUUUUUCAGUUUCAUUUAUAUCUACCAUAUCUAUAGUAUAUGUGCAAUUAGCACAACCAAUCAUUUCAGCCCAGCACAGUCCCCAAAAAAACUCCAAACUUAAAAUGGAAAUCUGAUAUAAGGUUUAAUUACAUACAUAUAAAUGAUCUGAAUCUAUAUUACUGUAUUUCGGCAAUGAUCUGAUUUUUCAAGGAUCUGAAAUUGUAAAUCAGAGUAUAGCUUUGUCAGAUUUUGUGCUACGUAGUGUGUUAGUAUGCAGUUUAAUGGCAUCGUUUCUGUGUUUUGUUCAAAACAAAGACAGCAUGGCGGAAGAAAGCAUUAUGUGCUAUAAAAUAUAAAACUCCCAAAUCAAUAUUUACCAUUAACAAGAGAAAAAAACUAAAUAAUCUAACCUGUGCUUUAUUGUGUUUAGGGGAUCUACAAGUUCUUAAAUGUUAACUUGAAUAAAAUUUUACUAAUUUAAGGACAAAUUUAAGUUUGAUAGGUUUCUGCCUUGUGCCCAGUGUUUCCCAGUAAAACCUGCCUCGACCCUGACCAGGAUAAAAUGGUUAACGGAAAUUAAAUGAUAAAUGAAAGAUAAUAUGCAGCGACCAGUGUUAGGCAGCGGUUUAUAUUAAACACUAGCUUACAUUAGUGCCGUGCUUCCUUAUAGAGCAAUGAGCCAGAUGAAAAAGUACUGAUUUAACGACGCCCCUGAUGUACAAUGUGGGAUAUGCAAGAUUUUAAGAUGCUUUUGAAAUCUAUGUAACAGCUAGUGAAAUUUCUACUAUUUCUCACCAAUAUUCAUUAAUACUUUACUGCCUGCAAAUCCCCUAACAGAUGAUUUAUAUUAAGCAUUAUAUUUACAGCAUCCACUGUGAUUUAAUGUUAUGCUCUAUAAGGUUUAUCCUAUUUACAGGGUUUGUCAUGUUAUGUCAGUGUGCUGUCAUCGCUUUGUGAUGGUUGGCUGCACAGAUGGGUCAGCUCUAAGGCUAUAUGGUAUAAUAUAUUUAAAAUAUUUUUAAAAAAAAGUUUUGUUUUUAUAUUUUACAUUGCGUAUUGUUUAGGGGGAAAUAUUGUACAUUCUACUGCCCGAUAUUAGCUUACUUACUAAAGUAACAUAUUGGAAAAUUUAUAGAUUUUUUUUACCUAACUCAGUUUGUACUGUUAUCUCAUUAUUUUUUGUGUGCAGUUUUGAAUUGUCACAAAGUCAUUUAUUUCACACAUUUUUUUACAAAUAUAAACACAUUAUAAAUACAGGAUGGUAAAACCUUGGUAAUCACACAUAGACUACACAUGCGGUGAACAGUGAUCAGAAUGAAAAGGCUGGAGUAUUUAUUUAAAUGUAUAUGGGUACCUGGGAUAUCUUGCGUGCUGAAGCAGUAUGGUCCUUAUGCUGAGAUACUGUUGUGCAGCUCUUUGACUGUGAUCUGUUUUUCUGUCCUAUGAUGUACCUAUAAUUUGCAUGUGGAUAUUUUAAUGGUCACACUGUAGUGUAGUGGUGAGCUUAUGAUACUGUUUGUGAGACUGUGUAUUGUUAUUUACUGAUUCUGAGCAGUUUUGUUUGUAUUUUUGUAAAGCUUCAGUAGUGCAUUUUUAUCCAAACCAACAAUGGUAAAUUAUUAGAGUUUAAUUUCAUGUCCACCUAGUUCU